AUGGGGAAUAGGAACUCAUCAAAUUCAAAGGAUCAUAGAAAGGCAACAAGAGUUGCUUCAACUGAACCUGGCUAUGAUCCAAGGAAGGGAUGGCUGGUUGCUAAACCAGAGGCAGAGACCAAGGUACACCAUGGAAGUGGGGUGUACUCAAAUAACAUCCCACUUGAUAACGAUGAAACUUUCAACAGUUUCAUUCGACGUGCCAAGGGUAAAAUUAGAACCGUGUCUCACAUCGGUCGGGAGCAGAGCAACGUUGCACCUGCACCACCACCAGAUGAAGAGGCUAAAGCCAGGGAUAACCUUAAUAAUCAGUUUUCAAAUUUCAUUAAGAGUUCGAAGAAGAAGUUGAGAAGUACAUCAAGCAUGAGGAUGCAUGGUUCCUUCAAGAGGCAGUGA